CUUCUCAGUUCUCACGUAAUUACCACUUUUCCGCAAAUGCAUUAUAAUUUAUAACCAACAUUUCUAAAUCCCUGAUACAUUAAAUUCGAAACCGCUGUGUUGUUAUUACAAACCUCCCACAAAUAUCUAAAAGGCAUUCAUAACAACCCUCUCCCCAAUCCAUCAGUAAUGGAGGUUUACGCAUAUCCAUCUCAUUUUAUGCAAUCAUCUUCGCUAGUUUCUUCAUUUUCAUUUAGGAAUUUGGUUUUCAAAGUUAAAGACUUCAUUAGCUCUGCAGUUUCCAUGGUUAUUGGGAAUGUCUUCUCUGCAAUUUUCACCUUCUUCUUUGCGUUGGUAGGAACUUUACUGGGAGCAUUAACGGGAGCUUUGAUAGGUCAAGAAACAGAAAGCGGUUUUGUCAGGGGAUCUGCAAUUGGAGCAAUUUCAGGUGCCGUUUUCUCAAUUGAAGUCUUUGAAUCUUCCCUUGUUUUAUGGAAAUCAGACGAAUCUGGAAUCGGAUGUCUUCUUUACUUGAUUGAUGUCAUUGUCAGCUUGUUAAGUGGAAGGCUUGUUCGUGAACGGAUCGGUCCUGCUAUGUUGAGUGCGGUUCAGAGUCAGAUGGGAGCAGUUGAAACAAGCUUUGAUGAGGUACAAAAUAUUUUUGACAUUGGUGGAUCUAAAGGCUUGACUGAAUAUUCGGUUGAAAAGAUACCUAAAGUUGCGAUUACCCGUGAUAAUGAUGUGGACGAAUCGGGAGAGCUAGUUUCUUGUUCUGUGUGUCUUCAGGAUUUUCAACUUGGAGAAACUGUGAGGAGUUUGCCACAAUGUCAUCACAUGUUUCACCUACCUUGCAUUGAUAAAUGGCUGAUGAGACAUGGAUCUUGCCCAUUAUGUAGAAGGGAUCUUUAAUCUUUUCUUUUUCUUUUCUUUUUUAAUUUUUUUUUUAAUUUUCUGUACAUUCAUAUAUGAAAUUUUAUCAUUUAAUGGUAUUACAAUAAACAAAACCUUAACACAAUUCGAUCUUUUCACACACCCAU